AGUAUAAAAAGGCCCAAAUAGAAGACGACUGUGACAGAGGAAGAGAAGUUUGCAGUCCAUCAUAUGUGGACAGCUUAGAGAGAAGUGAACAUUUUAAGAACCUGUUUGUUGGAAAAAGAAGGGAAUCGAUAACUUUUCAUCUUGUACUGAUCUCUAUUGGGAUUACAUUGACAGGAUGGGGACCAGAAAGAUCAUAUCAGUUUUUCUGAUUCUAACAGUUCUUCAUGGAUAUGUGCAAACAACUACAACUGCAGCAACAACUACAACCGUACCAACAACUGCGGCAACAACAGCUACAGCUGCACCUACAACCGCUGCACCUACAACCACUGCACCAACUACCGCUGCACCAACUACCUCUGUACCUACGAACACUGCACCUACUACCGCUGCACCUACAGCAGCUACAGCAACUACUGCAGCACCUACAACAGCUGCACACUCUACCGCUGCAUCAACUACUGGUGCACCAACUACUGCUGCACAAACUACCGCUGCACCUAUAACCGCUGUCCCUACAACAACUGCACCAACUACCGCAGCACCUACAAACACUGCACCUACUACCGCUGGACCUACAACCUCUGUACCUACGAACACUGCACCUACUACCGCUGCACCUACAGCAGCUACAGCAACUACUGCAGCACCUACAACAGCUGCACCAUCUACCGCUGCAACUACUACCGCUGCCCCUACUACCGCUGCACCGACAACAGCUGCACCAACUACUGCUACACCUACAACAGCUGCACACUCUACCGCUGCAUCAACUACUGGUGCACCAACUACUGCUGCACAAACUACCGCUGCACCUAUAACCGCUGUCCCUACAACAACUGCACCAACUACCGCAGCACCUACAAACACUGCACCUACUACCGCUGGACCUACAACAGCUGCACCAACUACCGCUGCAACAAUUACUGCUGCACCAACUACCGCUGCAUCAACUACUGGUGCACCAACUACUGCUGCACAAACUACCGCUGCACCUACAACCACUGCACCUACAACCGCUGCACCUACAACAGCUGCACCAACUACCGCUGCACCUACUACCGCUGACCCUACUACCGCUGCAACAAUUACUGCUGCACCAACUACCGCUGCACCUACUACCACUGCCCCUACUACCGCUGCACCGACAACAGCUGCACCAACUACUGCAACGCCUACAACAGCUGCACACUCUACCGCUGCAUCAACUACUGGUGAACCAACUACUGCUGCACAAACUACCGCUGCACCUAUAACCGCUGUCCAUACAACAACUGCACCAACUACCGCAGCACCUUCAAACACUGCACCUACUACCGCUGGACCUACAACAGCUGCACCAACUACUGCUGCACCUACAACAGCUGCAUCAUCUGCCGCUGCACAAACAACAGCUGCACCUACAACCGCUGCACCUACAACAGCUGCACCAACUACCGCUGCACCUACAAACACUGCACCUACUACCGCUGGACCUACAACAGCUGCACCAACUAUUGCUGCACCUACAACAGCUGCAUCAUCUGCCGCUGCACAAACUACCGCUGCACCUACAACCACUGCACCUACAACCGCUGCACCUACAACAGCUGCACCAACUACCGCUGCACCUACAACCGCUGACCCUACUACCGCUGCAACAAUUACUACUGCACCAACUACCGCUGCACCUACAACCCCUGCAUCUACUACAGCUGCAGCUACAAAUGCUGCCCCUACUACCGCUGCACCUACAACAGCUAACCCCACUACCGCUGCACCAACUACCGCUGCACCUACUACCACUGCAGCUACCGCUGCACCAACUACUGCUGCGCCUACAACCGCUGCACCUACAACAGCUGCACCAACUACCGCUGCACCUACAACGGCUGCACCAACUACUGCUGCACCAACUACCGCUGCAACUACAACCACUGCACCUACAACAGCUUUACCAACUACCGCUGCACCAACAACUGUGGCUUCUCAACGUAGUUUCAGUGUCUCAUUUGGCUUGACUAGUGAGACAUUUACUGAAGAUCUCAAUAACCGAGAUAGCGCUACAUUCAAAGCUCUUGAACAAAAACUUGUUGGGCCGUGCAACACAAUAUACAAGAACAAAUUUGGUGAUGAUUUCGACAAGUGCAGUGUGAAAGAGUUCAGGCCCAGAACAACUAGAGCAGAUGGAGUUGAUGCAGAUUUGAACAUUGAGUUCACUUCCACUUCAGAACUCCCAGCGGAGGCUGCAGUUACUGAAACCUUAGUAACAGCUGUAAAUAGUACCAACAGCCCCUUCAACGUGACGAUAGAUUCCACCACAAUCAAAGUAGUAGAAAGUCCAACUACCCCUGCCCCUACAACAGCUGCACCAACUACUGCUGCCCCUACUACCACUGCACCUACAACAGCUGCACCUACUACCGCUGACCCUACUACCGCUGCAACAAUUACUGCUGCACCAACUACCGCUGCACCUACUACCACUGCCCCUACAACCGCUGUACCAAUUACUACUGCACCAACUACCGCUGCACCUACAACCCCUGCACCUACUACCACUGCAGCUACUGCUGCAUCAACUACUGCUGCACUUACAUCCACUGCACCAACUACUGCUGCAGCAACUACUGAUGCACCAACUACCACUGCACCUACUAGAGCUGCACCAACUACCGCUGCACCAACUACCGCUGCGCCUACAACCGCUGCACCUACAACAGCUGCACCAACUACCGCUGCACCUACAACAGCUGCACCAAAUACCGCUGCACCAACUACCGCUGCACCUACUACCGCUGCACCUACAACAGCUGCACCAACUACUGUGCCUUCUCAAACUUUUUUCACUGUCUCACUUGGCUUGACUAAUGAGCCAUUUACCGAAGAACUCAAUAACCGAGAAAGCACUACAUUCAAAGCUCUUGAACAAAAACUUGUUGGGCCGUGCAACACAAUAUACAAGAACAAAUUUGGUGAUAAGUUCGACAAGUGCAGUGUGAAAGAGUUCAGGCGGCGAACAACUAGAGCAGAUGGAGUUGAUGCAGAUUUGAACAUUGGGUUCACUACCACUUCAGAACUCCCAGCGGAUGCUGCAGUUACUGAAACCUUAGUAACAGCUGUAAAUAGUACCAACAGCCCCUUCAACGUGACGAUAGAUUCCAACACAAUCAAAGUACUAGAAAGUCCAACUACAGCAACUUCUGCUGCACCAACUACCGCUGCACCAACUACUGCAGUACCUACAAUCCCUGCCCCUACAACAGCUGCAGCAACUUCUGCUGCACCAACUACCGCUGCACCAACUACUGCAGUACCUACAAUUCCUGCCCCUACAACAGCUGCCCCUACUACCGCUGCACCAAGCACUGCUGCGCCAACUAAUAAUGCACCUACAACUCCUGCACCAACAACCGCUGCACCAACUACUGCAGUAUCUAUUACCCCUGCCCCUACAACAGCUGCCCCUACUACCGCUGGAACAAGCAAUGCUGCGCCAACUACCGCUGCACCAACUACUGCUGUACCUACAACCGCUUCCCUUACUACCGCUGCACCUACAACAGCUGCUUCAACUACAGCUGCACCUACUACCACUCCACAUACUUCUGCUGCAACUACAACAGCUGCACCUGCAACCGCUGCACCUACAACAGCUGCAUCAACUACCGCUGCACCAACUACUGCUGCACCAACUACCGUUGCACCUACAUCUGCUGCCCCAACUACCGCUGAACCUACAACCGCUGCACCUACAACCGCUGCACCUACAACCGCUGCACCUACAACAGCCUCACCAACUACCGCUGCACCAACUACUGCUGCACCUACAACCGCUUCCCUUACUACCGCUGCACCUACAACAGCUGCUUCAACUACCGCUGCACCUACUACCACUCCACAUACUUCUGCUGCAACUACAACAGCUGCACCUACAACCCCUGCACCUACAACCGCUGCACCUACAACAGCUGCAUCAACUACCGCUGCACCAACUACUGCUGCACCAACUACCGUUGCACCUACAUCUGCUGCCCCAACUACCGCUGAACCUACAACCGCUGCACCUACAACCGCUGCACCUACAACAGCCUCACCAACUACCGCUGCACCAACUACUGCUGCACCUACAACAGCUGCACCAACUACCGCUGCACCAACAACUGUGGCUUCUCAAUCUACUUACACUGUCUCACUUGGCUUGACUAGUGAGACAUUUACUGAAGAUCUCAAUAACCGAGAAAGCGCUAUAUUCAAAGCUCUUGAACAAAAACUUGUUGGACCGUGCAACACAAUAUACAAGAACAAAUUUGGUGAUAAGUUCGACAAGUGCAGAGUGAAAGAGUUCAGGCGGCGAACAACUAGAGCAGAUGGAGUUGAUGCAGAUUUGAACAUUGGGUUCACUACCACUUCAGAACUCCCAGCGGAUGCUGCAGUUACUGAAACCUUAGUAACAGCUGUAAAUAGUACCAACAGCCCCUUCAACGUGACGAUAGAUUCCAACACAAUCAAAGUAGUAGAAAGUCCAACUACAGCAACUUCUGCUGCACCAACUACCGCUGCACCAACUACUGCAGUACCUACAAUCCCUGCCCCUACAACAGCUGCAGCAACUUCUGCUGCACCAACUACCGCUGCACCAACUACUGCAGUACCUACAAUUCCUGCCCCUACAACAGCUGCCCCUACUACCGCUGCACCAAGCACUGCUGCGCCAACUAAUGCUGCACCUACAACUCCUGCACCAACAACCGCUGCACCAACUACUGCAGUAUCUAUUACCCCUGCCCCUACAACAGCUGCCCCUACUACCGCUGGAACAAGCAAUGCUGCGCCAACUACCGCUGCACCAACUACUGCUGUACCUACAACCGCUUCCCUUACUACCGCUGCACCUACAACAGCUGCUUCAACUACCGCUGCACCUACUACCACUCCACAUACUUCUGCUGCAACUACAACAGCUGCACCUACAACCGCUGCACCUACAACCGCUGCCCCUACAACAGCUGCAUCAACUACCGCUGCACCAACUACUGCUGCACCAACUACCGUUGCACCUACAUCUGCUGCCCCAACUACCGCUGAACCUACAACCGCUGCACCUACAACCGCUGCACCUACAACCGCUGCACCUACAACAGCCUCACCAACUACCGCUGCACCAACUACUGCUGCACCUACAACCGCUUCCCUUACUACCGCUGCACCUACAACAGCUGCUUCAACUACCGCUGCACCUACUACCACUCCACAUACUUCUGCUGCAACUACAACAGCUGCACCUACAACCCCUGCACCUACAACAGCUGCACCUACAACAGCUGCACCUACAACGGUUGCACCAACUACUGCUGCACCAACUACCGUUGCACCUACAUCUGCUGCCCCAACUACCGCUGAACCUACAACCGCUGCACCUACAACCGCUGCACCUACAACCGCUGCACCUACAACAGCCUCACCAACUACCGCUGCACCAACUACUGCUGCACCUACAACAGCUGCACCAACUACCGCUGCACCAACAACUGUGGCUUCUCAAUCUACUUACACUGUCUCACUUGGCUUGACUAGUGAGACAUUUACUGAAGAUCUCAAUAACCGAGAAAGCGCUAUAUUCAAAGCUCUUGAACAAAAACUUGUUGGACCGUGCAACACAAUAUACAAGAACAAAUUUGGUGAUAAGUUCGACAAGUGCAGAGUGAAAGAGUUCAGGCGGCGAACAACUAGAGCAGAUGGAGUUGAUGCAGAUUUGAACAUUGGGUUCACUACCACUUCAGAACUCCCAGCGGAUGCUGCAGUUACUGAAACCUUAGUAACAGCUGUAAAUAGUACCAACAGCCCCUUCAACGUGACGAUAGAUUCCAACACAAUCAAAGUAGUAGUAAGUCCAACUACAACCGCUGCACCAACUACUGCUGCACCUACAACAGCUGCACCAACUACUGUUGCACCAACUACCACUGCACCUACAACGGCUGCACCAACUACCGCUGCACCUACUACUGCUGCACUUACAACCGCUGCACCUACAACCGCUGCACCAACUACCGCUGCACCUACAACAGCUGCACCAACUACUGCUGCACCAACUACUGUUGCACCAACUACAGCUGCACCUACAACGGUUGCACCAACUACUGCUGCACCAACUACCGCUGCAUCUACUACUGCUGCACCUACAACCGCUGCACCAACUACCGCUGCACCUACAACAGCUGCAACUACUACCGCUGCACCUACUACCGCUGCACCUACAACCACUGCACCAACUACCGCUGCACCAACUACUGCUGCCCCUACUACCGCUGAACCUACAACCGCUGAACCUACUACCGCUGCACCAACAACUGUGGCUUCUCAAUCUACUUACACUGUGUCAUUUGGCUUGACUAGAGAGCCAUUUACUGACGAUCUCAAUAACCGAGAUAGCGCUACAUUCAAAGCUCUUGAACAAAAACUUGUUGGGCCGUGCAACACAAUAUACAAGAACAAAUUUGGUGAUAAGUUCGACAAGUGCAGAGUGAAAGAGUUCAGGCGACGAUCAACUAGAGCAGAUGGAGUUGAUGUAGAUUUGAAUGUUGGGUUCGCUACCACUUCAGAACUCCCAGCGGAUGCUGUUGUUACUGAAACCUUAGUAACAGCUGUUAAUAGUAUCAACAGCCCCUUCAAUGUGACGAUAGAUUCCAACACAAUCAAAGUACUAGUAAGUCCAGUUGCUACUACAACUGCAACAACAACAACUACAACUGCAGCACCAACAACUGCUGCCAUCACAACAAAGCGAGUGGUGUUCAGGUCUGUUCAGCAAACAUUCACAACCGACUUGUUGGAUACAUCAUCUGCUGCUUUUAAAGGAAGAGCUGCUAACAUAAAGAGUCAGCUUGAACCUAUAUACAGAAACACAUUCUCUUCCUUCUCUUCCUUGGAAGUGGUGGGAUUCAGUAAUGGAUCAAUCAUCAAUUCUUGUGUCCUCACCUUCACUGGCACAUCUGUUCCUACCAACACUGAGAUUGCAGUCGUUUUGCUAAAUGCAGCUUCAUCAGUCACCGGCUUCAACAUUGAAGGCAGCUCCAUCACCGUGGAUGGCAUAGCUUCAAGUGGAGUCAGUCAACAGAUCAGUCUCGUCACUGCAUCCUGUCUGGUGCUGUUGUCAUGGCUACUGUCAAGCCAGCAUUAGCAUCUGCGCUGAGUUCGUUAUGAAUUCCCAUGAGAUCAAGAACGUCAUCUCUGGAAUGAAAAAGGACUUUAUCGUCAGCAAGAAUCCCAGAUUGUGGAUUUUCUUUAUGUGUUGUGGUUUUGGAUGAACUCAACACCAAGUUAAAUUUUGCACUGAUCCGACACAUCAAUGACAGUGGAUUAGGUUUGUCUGUGGAACUGAACACGCUAGUGUUUGGGGACGUCCAGGAUCCUGGACAGAAUGACACAGCUGCCUUUAAGCUUCUGUUCUUUUGAAACAUAACAACACUAUCUAUGAAACACUGGGGAGUUCAAAAAAUGUCUACUGUUGCACUGUUAAAGUCAAAAUGUAUCUGACUUCACUGAGCACUGUGGAGUAGCAAUAUUCAACUUUGUUUGGUAUUAAUGUCAUCUUAUCUAAACUUUUCUAUAAUCUCCAAAUGCAUGUAAAAUGAAUGUUUAAGUUUGUAUUUUAAAUUAAAUGAAGGAACACAUGCAGGUCAUAGCUGGCUUCACAAUGCGACCACAUUUAUUUAAUCAAAGGUCAUGGUUCACAAAUAGUGGAUUUACAUCAUCGCACAUUUCUUUAUUCUGUGAGUUUUCAUGGAUUUUUCUGGGGUUUCUGUCAGAAAUGUCUUAAUAAACAUGGUACAAAAUGUUUGAAA